AUACUGCAAAAUGUAACGUAUGAGGUUCCAGAAACAAGUGGUAGCCAGCAGAACUGUGAUGAUGUGAAGGUGAUACUAAACCUACAGAAAAAGGAGAUCAGCUGGCAGCUACAUGUGGCAUUUUUGGCACAAUACAUAAAGAAUAAGAGGAUACCCAGAGGUCUGUGUGUGAACCAAGCCAAAGGAGUCCCAGUGCUGACUAAGAGGUGGCAUGAAUUUUGCAGCCUUGAUCUAAUGGUGUUAACAAUAGAAAGACUUAACAUACAACUUGCAGAGUUAAAAGUCACAAUUGCAGAGCUUAAAGAGAAAGUCUGCGCAACCCAAGGCAUUACCAAAACUGAGGAGAUAUUCAGAGAGCAAUCUGGGGCACUUAGUGUGUUUCAAGCAAAGAUGACUGAGAGAAAACAGGGGAAGCUCACGAGAGACACUGAGGAUUACCUGCAAAAUCAUGUGGAAAGCAGAACGAAAGAGACAGCAUCCAGCAGGGAAACUUACAAGCAGCCGACUGCCCAGCUACAGCAGAGGGACAGGCAAGCAACGGGCACUAGGACCAUGUGGGACUCCAUCAGGAUCCAGACACAGGCAAGCCACUUGGCCACUUGACACAGUAACACUGUCUUCAGAGAGCUACAGAUCAGAGAGCGGUGACUACAGUGAAGCCACCACACAGUCAGCACCGGGGUAUUUAGGGAAAGAGCCACAGCGGAUCCAGCGUCCAAUAACAGCACAAAGGAACCCAAGGGCCCCUAUAGACCGGGAGAAUUACCCUCAGAGCAGCCGACAUCACAAGAGAUAUAAAUGAGCCGCCCCAGUGAGACUUGGUCAGUAUGUGAUGAUGAUACUCUUUCCCCAGACAUUGAUGAGUUUCAUUCAGGAGGGGGUACACAACCUCAGGGACACCAUGACCAUUUUGAAAUUUUUUAUUUAGAUGAUGAUACUCUUUCCCCAGACAUUGAUGAGUUUCAUUCAGAUGAUGAUACUCUUUCCCCAGACAUUGAUGAGUUUCAUUCAGCUUCUGAAACAAUGGAAGGAGGAGCUUCUGCAGCAAUGGAAGGAGGAGCUUUCGGAGUGCAGGAAAUGGCUUCCAAUAUUUGUCCCAGGGGAACUGCAAUGAAAUGUAAUCUCUGUGGAGAGAUCCCCCGUAUAACACAUUUUUCUUCUGAGAUACACGGGCGUAUGUUCAGAGCACAUCUGCCCCAGAAUGGUCUCUUCCGUUGCCCUGAAACGGGGCUACAGUUUCUUGUGAAUAGCCCUGUCUCUGUUGAGUUUCAACUUGUUUCCUGGGAAAAGUACUCAAAAUACCUGCAGGAAAACAGAUUAGAGACUGUCGGCCCUUUGUUUAAGAUCAGAGUGCUGUCUGGGCAGGUAUCAGCCGUGUAUCUCCCGCACUGUGUGUGUCCGAAAGGUGGAGAUGUUGAUGUUAAGAAAUUUAAAAUCGCUCAUUACAAAACUAAAGGCAUGACCCUGGAAACACCGUCAAAAAUUGAACCUUUUUAUGUUGCCCUGGAAAAACCCACCUUCUCUUUAAUGGGAGUUGUCUAUAAAGUAGCAAGUCUAUUUCGAACCAAAAUUCCAACUCAUGGAGCCGUUUUUAUAUACGGCAGAUUCAUUAAAGGUUACACCAUUCACCUGUACUUCAUGCCACAGGACCCCUCAGUUAGCCAGGCUGUGCACAAGAAGGAGACUAACAAUGGAUUUGUUUGGGUGGACAAACCUCCGCAGACAGUAACUGUUUACACUCAAAGAAAAUAUGUUGUACAAGGACCAGAGAGCGCAGAAAUAGCUCCAAAGGAUCUCAAGCUGCGUUUCGAUGCCAAGCCGGAGAUGUACAAUUACAGCGAGAUCUACCUGCCGAACGUAGAUGAAGAAAUUGUCUUAAGGGUAACAAGCGAAAGAGAAGAGAAAUCUGUGUGGGCUGCAAUGCUGAGGAAAGAAGAACUUAUAUCAGGAGGACAGAAGGCAGCAGGUGGGCGGCACUUUGUGGAUAAGCACAGAGCAGAGCUGAUUGAAAGGAUUCCCAACAUUGAUCCAGUCCUGGAUGAGCUGCUGGGUGAUGGGACCCUGACCCAGGAACAGUACGACAUAGUGAGAUGCAACAGAACCCCCCAGGAGAAGAUGAGGCAACUCUUUGGCUGUGUCAGGGCCUGGGGGGGCCGUGAGAAGGAUGCACUCUUCAGGGCCAUGAAUACAUAUCAUCAACCUCUCAUCUGCGAUCUACAAGAAAAAUAAGUGUAGGCAGAUAUUCCCAGAAUUCUACUGGUACUACAGGUAUAGGAUCUAAUAUCCAGAAACCCAUUAUCCAAAAAGUUCCAAAUCACAUCUCCCAUAG